AUGCCAUUCCUGUACGCCCAGUCGCUGGCAGCUACCUGGCUGGCAGCCAGCGUGCCGCAGAGGUCUGCCUCUAGCGAGGCAAGGCUCCAUGGCAUAUGUAUGCUGAUUGCCUCCCAGCUGGAACCAACAUAUGCCAGGACAGUUUAUCCGUGUUUUGAUGAACCUGCUAUGAAAGCCACAUUUAACAUCAGAAUUGUCCAUGACCCAAGCUAUGUGGCUCUUUCCAACAUGCCUGCUAUUGAUGUAUCUGAAAUGAAGGAUGAAAAUGGAAGCUUGUGGAGAGUUACCACAUUUAACACUACACUGAAAAUGUCAACUUACUUGACUGCUUUUGUGAUUUGCGAUUUUGAUUAUGUCACCAGAACCGAGCGGGGAAAUGAGAUACGUAUUUGGGCUCGGAAAGAGGCAGUUAAAAAUGGGUAUGUUGACUAUGCUUUAAAUAUCACAGGCCAAAUAUUUUCCUUUCUGGAAGACUUACUUAAUGUCAGCUACCCUCUACCAAAGACAGAUUUGGUCGCACUGCCUGAUUUUGGAGCAGGUGCUAUGGAAAACUGGGGGCUAAUGACUUUCCAAGAAUCAUCAUUGAUGUACCUCCCAAGCGAUAAAUUCACAAGCAGAAAGGCAAUGAUUGCCAUAAUUGUGUCCCAUGAGAUAGGACACCAGUGGUUUGGAAAUCUGGUUACAAUGAACUGGUGGAAUGAUCUGUGGCUUAAUGAGGGACUGGCAUCUUACUUCGAGUACCUGGGAGCUACCUUUGUUGAGCCCAAGCUUUCACUGGAUAAAAUCUUUUCUGAUCAUGUUGUACAACCUGUCUUAAGGGAAGACAAUGAAAUAGGAGUACGAUCACUGUCAGAGAGUGAAGACAAGAUCAAAGGAUCAUUAAUGUCUCUGUUUGACAGCAUCACGUACAACAAGGGAGCUUCUGUUACCUGGAUGCUUUCAGGUUUCUUGACUGAGAAGUUGUUUAUCAGGGCACUCACUCUGUAUCUGAAAGAAUUUUCCUUCUUAAAUGCUGACCAGGAUGAUCUCUGGACCCACAUACAGAUGGUUGUAGAUGCACAGGAUGAAGUUCAGUUGCCGGCAUCUGUAAAACAAAUAAUGGAUUCCUGGACAUGCCAAAAUGGGUUUCCAGUUUUAACUUUAAAUCUCACCACUGGCACAAUCAGUCAGGAACAAUUUCUUAAUAAAAAGAAUGGAAACAGUACUAAUUCUUACAAUAACACAUGGAUUAUUCCUAUUUCUUGGAUGCGAAAUGGAUCAUCACAACCCUUAGUGUGGCUAGACAAAAGCAGCAAAGUGUUUCCUGAAAUGCAAGUACCAGAGUCAGAAUAUGACUGGGUCCUGCUAAAUGUAAAUUUAAGUGGAUACUACAGAGUGAACUAUGAUCAACUAAACUUAAAAAGAUUACUGCGCUUGCUUGAAAAUGAUCCAAAGGCUAUUCCCGCUGUCAGCAGGUUCCAGCUGAUAGAUGAUGUUUUUGCAUUGACAGAGUUUGGAUACAUUCAGAUUGAAACAGCACUUGAACUAACAAAGUACCUUGCCAGAGAAGAUGAGCUCUUCAUAUGGAAUUUGGUAUUGUUAAACCUUGUACCUGAGAAUUUGGAAAGUACUCUGAAGAACUAUGAAGUAUACCCACUUUUAAAGAAAUACCUUUUAAAGAGAAUGUUGCCAAUAUACCAUUAUUAUGCAGGUUUUAUUCGUGAAAAUGUUGAUGCUUUGGAAGAUGACUAUUUUGCUCAAGUGUAUUUGGAAAAACUUUUUGCCACAGCGUGCUGGCUGGGCCUCCAGGACUGUUUGAACCUGUCAUCUGAACUGUUUGCUAAGUGGAUGGAAAACCCUGAGUACAAGAUUCCCUUUUUAAUUAGAAGAACGGUCUGCUGCUAUGGUGUUGCAGUGGGAAGUGACAAAGAAUGGAAUUUUGCAUGGGAAAUGUAUAACCAUACCGACACCACAAAGGAAGAUAAAGACAUCCUGCUCUCUGCCAUGAGCUGUGCCAAAGAGUCAUGGUUACUUUACAGAUACUUGCAAUAUGGACUCAGUGAUGCAUUGUUUUCUUGCAAUUGUACUUCAAUCAUCAUCUUAUCUGUGGUGACUAAGGAUAUUGGGCACCGUAUAGCCUGGGAAUUUGUAACGGAAAAUUGGCCACUUUUAAGUGAAAGGUAUGGGAAGGAAUUAUUACAUGAUGUAUUAAAAGUCAUGGGAAGAUUUGUCAAUACAGAUGUACAGAUCCAAGAGUUGCAGGUUUUUUAUAAUACUACACUGGAAGAGGAUGAGAGAGUGGCUACUACUCUACUGCUGGAGUUUACAAAAUUUGAAAAUAUGGAAAGGAGAGAGCUGCUAACCAAAGUUGCCAACUGGUUACAGAAAAAUGUAGAUGAUUGA